GCCCUUCCAGAACUCCAUGAGUCUCCCUUUCAGCUUACUCUUUGGAUAACAGCAGAAAAAUUAAUGAACUCCAUCUUUGGCAUGGAUUAGAAAAUUCCACUGUGCUGUUGAUGGCGCUUACAGAGGCUCCAGAACUUUACAGAAACCCUCCAUGGAAAGCUACAAGGAACACAGAGCAUGGAUCUCAUGUCUCCCAGGCUGAGAGCAUUCCUCUGUGAACCCAUUGGAGAAAAGGAUGUUGCCUGUGUAGAUGGGAUCAGCUGUGAGCUUGCAAUCAAUUUGGUCACCAAAGGUUUUAACAAGGCCUACACCCUGUUGGGACAAUUCCUUCUGAUGCACAAGAAUGAAGCCGAGUUUCAGAAGUGGCUCAUUUGUUGUUGUGGUGCCAAUGAGUAUGAAGCCCAGGAGAGUUCUAAGUGUCUGAAGGAGUGGUGUUCUUGCUUCCUAUAAACACGUGCCUCCUUGAUCUGCU